GAGACUAAUCAAAAACUUUUUCCUAAAAAAUUGUUCUAUAUUUUUAUCGGAAUUUUUAAGACGUUAGCCGCAGCAACAUGAAUUUUCUCAUACAGCGCGGAAAAGUUCGCAAUCAAAUGAUAAAUGUGCCGCCAGGCCUACCGGAAUUGCUGUCGGACAUUACACGCGAAGUCUUACGCUGUCAGCCAACCACCGAGUGCCUCUGCCAAUUCAUCAUCGACUAUCUACAUUCGGUGAUCGUGACACGUGAGAAAGCCAGAGUGGCUAAAAGCAUCAUUGAUCGCGCUUUAUCGGUGGUGGACGAAAUCAUCGCGGAUAUGUGCAUCUGUGAUAUCAGCAAGGCUAAGGCCCAGGAGAUGGCAAUACAUAUGGAGGAAUGCUUCCGGCGCUUCCUUAGUCGAAUGCGUUGUGAGCAACGCACAGAUAUCGAAGUUGUGCGCUUCGAGGAGCAGGAUAUGCUAAAUGCCAUGAUUGAGCGCUGCAAAUUCACCGAUGAAGAAUUGAAAAUUUCCCAACCCAUGAUCGAGGCUGCGUAUCGUCGCUUUGCCGAUGCCUAUAUGAAAGCGCACGAGGACUUUGAAGGCACCGAAGAGCUCUAUCAAUAUUUCAAACAGCGCGAGCUUAAACGCCAAGAAGAGGACAAUAAAAGAAUUGCAGCGACUAGAAUCCAGGCUAGCUUCCGUGGCUAUAUUGUGCGCAGAGCCUUGGGUAGAUCUCUGCCGCCUGUCAAAAAGACUGAGGAAGAGUUCGGUUUGGACUUCACAGAAAUAGAAAAUCGAGCCGCAGUUACGAUUCAGAAAGCUUUUCGCCGCCACUUGUCAAUGAUGUCUUCAAAAGAUCUCGACUUGGACAAGAUUGAUGAGGUUUGCGAGCCUGGUUCUCAAAUCAUAGUUUCUGCCCCAGGUAUAGCCGAGGAGCAUCCAACAGAAAUGGUUGAACAGACAGCGGAAGAAGUGCCUCUUGAAGCAACUCAAUCAUCUCAAGAAGCCGAAGUGGCGUUGGAAGCGCCGAUAGAACCUGAACCAAAACUCGAACAUGAAGCUGAACACAUUACGGAGCCGGAGCCGGAGCCUCAACCUGAACAUGAGCCUGCCUUGGAACCGGAGCCUCAAACUGAAACUAAACCUGAACAAUCUGAACCGCCACCUGACGUUAGCGGCGAAGUAAUUGAAGAACAUCCAGGUGAAGAAGCUGCGAGCCCCAAUGAAGCCGGAGCUCCGAAAGAAGGCUGAAUUGUUGAUAGUUUAUAAAAGAGAAAAUAUUCAAAUACCAUUCAACAAGGGAAAA